AUUGUGUUUUUAUUUAUUUAUUGGUUUGAGCUUUGCAUAUUUCCCCGCAUUGGCGCAAACAUUGGUCCAUUCGUACCGGAUUACGAACGAGCUGUUGGUAAAAGAAGUAAUCGUUUUCUUCUUUUUUCUUCUAAUUGCAAAGCAUAUCAUCAUCAUCACCAUCUAUACAGUCCACCACAUCAUCUCCUUAACAUCAUCAUCGUGUUUCUAUCAAAAACAAUCAGUAUGUCGGUGAAAAUCUAUUCGGAAGAAGAACUUUUGAAUGUUGAUGACGGUUUUGAUUACUAAUGAACCUCGGCCCACCGAUCCCCAAGCUGGAAUGUCGUCAGCUGCAGUGGAAGCAGCCCUUGUUGAGCCGAUCGCGGCUGUAAAAAUCUCAGAACGUGGGUCCGAAUCCGAUAAAGCGGAUUCAUCUGCGGCCCUCGCUGAACCGAUGCAAACCGAGUCCGAAUCCAUAGCAACGGAUUCAUCUGCGGCUCCGGUUCUUGAUUCACCCCCCAAAAAUGAUACAUUACAAACCGAGUCCGGAUCUUCGGGUCCAUCUGCGGCUCCGGUUGCCACACCUCAUUUGGAGGAGUCGGAAAAGAAUUUAAGGUCCGAGACCCAUAAGGUUUCAUCUGCGGCCUCACAUAAAUGUCGCCUUUGUGAUCGCAUGCACCCGCUGGAUAGAUGUAGUGACUUCCGGGUUAUGAAUGUUGACAUGCGACGUCGCAUUGUCCUAAAAUACAAUGACUGCAUACGGUGUUUAUCUAAAUCCCACCAAGCUAGGGACUGCCGAAGCAAAAGAAAAUGUGCCGUAUGCAAUGAAGAACACCACACCCUCCUUCAUGAAGAUACGAAGACCGUGGUUAAACCCACUAAUAAUCGUCAGCGUCGUCCGCGGACCGAGUACAGGUAUCGGUCACGUAACAGUCCGUAUAGUCGUCCGUCUGAUAACGCUCCCCCCUCGCAGAUAGGAUUGGUCGGCUUGUUGUCCCUCCAAACAGGUAUCUGCCUAUCCCCGACUUUGAUAGUCAAAAUUAUGUCGUCCGAUCGACCCACUAUUGUGAGGGCGGUUUUGGACCCGUGUAGUAGGCAGAGUCAGAUAUGUUCCUCUUUGGUGCAUAAUCUUCGACUCCCUACUUCUAGAAUCGAAGGUAGCCAAAUAUGUCGGCUGACCGUUAGUUCGAUCUAUGACCGGAGUCAGUCCAUUUCAAUUGUGGCUGUGGUAACCAAAUUGGACCAUGCGCUUACGCCUACAGCGGUUAUCCCAGAGCGCAUUCGUGACUCAUUUUUAGGUCUUCCUUUGGCAGAUCCCGAUUUUAAUAGGCCUGGUCGGGUGGCCUUGGUACUCGGGCCGGAAGUUUAUGCCAGGGUCGUAACUCAUCGGGUGCAAGCGACGCCAGGGUUGCCGAUAGCCCACUACACCAUAUUUGGGUGGGUAUUGUCGGGCAUAUGUAACAUAUAGUGUUACACAAUGUUUUUUG